GAAGCUGUGCAGCAGUGCAGUAGAAUAGGGCCUGGCAAAACCUUUGCGAGCAAAGAGUCUUUUGUACUGGGACUGUGGCUCAUUACUGACACCUCGGCCGUUUCUCAGGCUGGAUUUCCUAUUGAUUUUCCUCUUCCUUUUCUCCCCCAGGCUCGCGCGGCCGGACAUUGUGGGUGUGCGUGCAGGAUUUCUCCCGGAUGCUCCCCGACUAACAUGGAUGUCCCACCAUCCCUUGCAGUGGAAGGUUGCUCCUUGGCGCAGUGACUGAAGAACAUGCAGCGAUUGCUAAUGGGUUUGGGAAGCGGAGACUUCUUCCGUCUCUCUGUGACCAUGCCGUGAUCGCGUCUGCGGCCACCACUCGACGCAUCUUCAUUCCUGCCCGAACCGGGAGCCUAACGCUAGAUCGGGGACGUGGGUGACGCGGGUGUGGACACAGAAACACCAUGAAGAUUAUUUCCCCGAUUCUAAGUAAUCCAGUCUUCAGGCGCACCAUUAAACUCCUGCUCUGCUUACUGUGGAUUGGAUAUUCCCAAGGAACCACACAUGUAUUAAGAUUUGGUGGUAUUUUUGAGUAUGUGGAAUCGGGCCCAAUGGGAGCUGAGGAACUUGCAUUCAGAUUUGCUGUGAACACAAUCAACAGGAACAGAACCUUGUUGCCCAAUACCACCUUGACUUAUGACACUCAGAAGAUCAACCUCUAUGACAGUUUUGAGGCAUCCAAGAAAGCCUGUGAUCAGCUGUCUCUUGGAGUGGCUGCCAUCUUCGGACCCUCACACAGCUCUUCGGCAAAUGCUGUGCAGUCCAUCUGUAAUGCUCUGGGCGUUCCCCACAUACAGACCCGCUGGAAGCACCAGGUGUCAGAUAAUAAAGAUUCCUUCUAUGUCAGUCUCUACCCAGAUUUCUCUUCCCUCAGCCGCGCCAUUUUGGAUUUGGUGCAGUUCUUCAAGUGGAAAACUGUCACAGUGGUGUAUGAUGACAGCACUGGUCUUAUUCGUUUGCAAGAGCUCAUCAAAGCUCCAUCAAGGUACAAUCUGCGACUUAAAAUCCGUCAACUCCCUGCUGAUACAAAAGAUGCAAAACCUUUACUAAAAGAAAUGAAAAGAGGCAAAGAGUUCCAUGUAAUUUUUGACUGUAGCCAUGAAAUGGCAGCGGGUAUUUUGAAGCAGGCAUUAGCUAUGGGAAUGAUGACAGAAUACUAUCAUUACAUCUUUACGACUCUGGACCUCUUUGCUCUUGAUGUAGAGCCCUACCGAUAUAGUGGAGUAAACAUGACUGGGUUCAGAAUAUUAAAUACAGAAAAUACUCAAGUCUCUUCCAUUAUUGAAAAGUGGUCAAUGGAACGUUUGCAGGCACCUCCAAAACCUGAUUCCGGUUUGCUGGAUGGAUUCAUGACGACUGACGCAGCUUUAAUGUAUGAUGCUGUACAUGUGGUGUCUGUGGGCGUCCAACAGUUUCCCCAGAUGACAGUCAGUUCCUUACAGUGUAAUCGACACAAACCUUGGCGCUUUGGGACUCGCUUUAUGAGCCUAAUUAAGGAGGCACACUGGGAAGGUCUCACAGGCAGAAUAACUUUCAACAAAACCAAUGGCUUAAGAACGGAUUUUGAUUUGGAUGUGAUCAGCCUCAAGGAAGAAGGUUUAGAAAAGAUUGGAACUUGGGAUCCAGCCAGUGGCCUGAAUAUGACAGAAAGUCAGAAGGGAAAACCAGCCAACAUUACAGAUUCCUUAUCCAAUCGUUCUUUGAUUGUUACCACCAUUUUGGAAGAACCCUAUGUCUUGUUUAAGAAGUCUGACAAACCUCUCUAUGGGAAUGAUCGAUUUGAAGGCUAUUGCAUUGACCUCCUUAGAGAAUUAUCUACAAUACUUGGCUUUACGUAUGAAAUUAGACUUGUGGAGGAUGGGAAAUAUGGAGCUCAGGAUGAUGCCAAUGGACAAUGGAAUGGAAUGGUCCGUGAAUUAAUAGAUCAUAAAGCCGACCUUGCAGUUGCUCCACUGGCUAUUACCUACGUUCGAGAGAAGGUCAUCGACUUUUCCAAGCCCUUUAUGACACUUGGAAUAAGUAUUUUGUACCGCAAGCCCAAUGGUACAAACCCAGGAGUCUUCUCCUUCCUGAAUCCUCUCUCCCCUGAUAUCUGGAUGUAUAUUCUGCUGGCUUACUUGGGUGUCAGUUGUGUGCUCUUUGUCAUAGCCAGGUUUAGUCCUUAUGAGUGGUAUAAUCCACACCCUUGCAACCCUGACUCAGACGUGGUGGAAAACAAUUUUACCUUGCUUAAUAGUUUCUGGUUUGGAGUUGGAGCUCUCAUGCAGCAAGGUUCUGAGCUCAUGCCCAAAGCACUCUCCACCAGGAUAGUGGGAGGCAUUUGGUGGUUUUUCACACUUAUCAUCAUUUCUUCGUAUACUGCUAACUUAGCCGCCUUUCUGACAGUGGAACGCAUGGAAUCCCCUAUUGACUCUGCUGAUGAUUUAGCUAAACAAACCAAGAUAGAGUAUGGAGCAGUGGAGGAUGGUGCAACCAUGACUUUUUUCAAGAAAUCAAAAAUCUCCACUUAUGAUAAAAUGUGGGCCUUUAUGAGUAGCAGGAGGCAGUCAGUGCUCGUCAAAAGUAAUGAAGAAGGGAUCCAGCGAGUUCUCACCUCUGAUUAUGCUUUCCUAAUGGAAUCAACAACCAUUGAAUUUGUUACCCAGCGGAACUGUAACCUGACACAGAUUGGCGGCCUUAUAGACUCCAAAGGUUAUGGUGUUGGCACCCCCAUGGGUUCUCCAUAUAGAGACAAAAUAACGAUAGCAAUUCUUCAGCUGCAAGAAGAAGGCAAGCUGCACAUGAUGAAGGAAAAGUGGUGGAGGGGCAAUGGUUGCCCGGAGGAGGAGAGCAAAGAGGCCAGUGCCCUGGGGGUUCAGAAUAUUGGUGGCAUCUUCAUUGUUCUGGCAGCCGGCUUGGUGCUCUCAGUUUUUGUGGCAGUGGGAGAAUUUUUAUACAAAUCCAAAAAAAACGCUCAAUUGGAAAAGAGGUCCUUCUGUAGCGCCAUGGUAGAAGAACUGAGGAUGUCCCUAAAGUGCCAACGUCGGUUAAAACACAAGCCACAGGCACCAGUUAUUGUGAAGACAGAAGAAGUUAUCAACAUGCACACAUUUAACGACAGAAGGUUGCCAGGUAAAGAAACCAUGGCAUAAAGCUGGGAGGCCAAAUACCCAAGCACAAACUGUCGUCUUUUUUCCAAACAAUUUAGCGAGAAUGUUUCCUGUGGAAAUAUGCAACCUGUGCAAAAUAAAAUGAGUUACCUCA